AUGGCCAAAUUUUUUGAUCCUCUUUCUUUAAUUCUAGAACAAUAUGAGGACGAUGAAGAAAACGAAGCAAACUAUGAUAGUCCAGAUCAUUCAAGUCAGCCUUCAACUUCACAAAAUAAGACUACCCCACUAUCAGAAAUAGACAGAACCAUUUGUCAAGCUUGCAAUAUUAACAAAUGGAAAUAUAAGUGUCCAAAAUGUGAAUUUCGCUCAUGCUCUUUACCAUGUUCAAAAUUACAUAAAGAAACAUAUAAUUGCGAUGGCGUAAGAUCAAAAACAAGUUAUAUAGCACUACAUGAAUACGGAUAUAAAGAAUUGAUGAGUGAAGAUGCUAUUUCCUUGGAAAAAUUGCGUCAAACACUAAUUCGAUUAGAAGAUACUAUAAUUUUUGCUCUUAUAGAGCGAGCUCAAUUCAGCUACAAUAAGCCUGUUUACGAGCCCGGCUUUUAUAAAUAUAAGGACUGCGAAGAUUUUGAAGGAAGCUUCUUAGAAUACUUUCUGCGAGAGUCAGAAAAGUUUCAAACAGCAAAAGUAAGAAGAUAUCAAAGUCCCGAUGAAUAUCCUUUUACUACUGGACCUCUUCCCGAUCCAAUAAUUCCCCCUCUUGAUUACCCGCAAAUUCUUAAGCCAAAUAACAUUAAUGUUAACGCAAAAAUUAUGGAAUUUUAUGUUGAGCAAAUUGUCCCUUCGUUAUGUGCCAUGGAAGAUGAUCAGAAUUAUGGUUCUGCUGCAACUCGAGAUGUUAUGUGUCUUCAAGCCUUAUCUCAGAGAAUUCAUUAUGGUAGUAUUAUAUUUCAAUUGUUUAUUAUUUCUUGUAACAAAAUCUCAUCUCUUAAAAAAAAAAAAAAAGGAAAGUAUGUUGCCGAAGCAAAAUUCCGGGAUCCAGAACUUCAACCAAAGUACAUCGAAUACAUAAAAUCUCGCGAUUCAAAGGCUAUUGAAGAGUUAUUAACAAAUAAAAAAGUAGAAGAAGCUUUGUUAAAACGCCUUAAACGUAAAGCCCUCAUUUAUGGUCAAGAUAUAACUGAGGCUGGCGAUUUUAAAUUAGAUGCUGAACAUGCAUCAAAAUAUUUAAAGAUCAAUGUAGACUUAGUUGUUGAAUUGUACGAAAAAUGGGUAAUUCCCCUGACAAAGGAAGUUGAAGUUAGUUAUCUUUUAGAACGUCUUGAUAACAACGAAAAACUUAAAUAA